CUGUUCUCGCCAAUGCCAUUUCAAAGCUCAGACGGCGCCCUCUCUCUCUCUCUCUCCUGAUCUUCUUCAGUCAGCUUUCAUUGCGGGAUUCUGAUACAGAAAACUAAGUAUCUACAGGGUCGGGAAGAUGAGUAAGAAGAAUCCGCUUGUGUUUUUUAAUCUGUCAAUAGAUGGUAAUGAAGGAGAAAGAAUAGUUUUUGAGCUCUUUGCUGAUGUUGUGCCCAAGACAGCCGAGAAUUUCAAGGCCCUUUGUACAGGUGAGAAAGGCAUGGGAGUUUCUACUGGGAAGCCAUUGCACUACAAAGGAUCAAUUUUCCACCGGAUAAUCAAAGGAUUCAUGGCUCAAGGUGGUGACUUUUCAGACAGAAAUGGAACCGGUGGAGAAAGUAUUUAUGGUGAUAAAUUUGCAGAUGAGAACUUUAAACUCGACCACAGCGGUUCUGGCUUCCUCUCCAUGGCAAAUAGAGGUCCAAAUACUAAUGGGUCUCAAUUCUUUAUAUCAUUCAAACGUUUACCUCAUCUGGACGGCAAACAUGUUGUUUUUGGAAAGGUUGUGGACGGGAUGGACAUUCUAAAGAAGAUUGAACAACUAGGGACUAGUGAUGGAAAACCUUCUGGAGUUGUCACGGUUGUGGAUUGUGGUGAGGUACCUGACAACAAACUUCAAGUGACGGAGGAAGGUUCCAAUAAAGGAAAAAAGAAAAAAAAUGUUAAAGGUCGUUCAAAGCGUGGAUCAUCUCUCAAAGACAGAAGAAACAAGAGAAAGAUGAGUUACUCAUCAUCUGAUUCAUCGAGUUCUGACACAUAUUCUGAUUCCUCCUCUUCAGACUCAGAAUCUGAUUCAGAAUCUGAUUCUUAUUCCUCAAGUUCAUCCAGUGAUAGAAGACGUCGCCGCAAGAGAAAAUCAACAAAGAGAAGUAACGGGAGAGAUAAAAGAAGGGAGAAGACAAAAACUGGUCGUGAUAAAAGAUCAAAGCACAAAUCUAAACCGAGUUCGGAAAGUUCAAGCUACAGUGAUGGUAGCAGCAGCUCUGAUGAUGAAAAUACUGGGAGGCAAGGUUCUGUGAGGAAAAAUAAGAACUCAAGAAAUGGUCAAAACAAGUCGCUGAAGGACACUGAUCUUGUUAGAAACUCUCCUCUUACGGAACAGAAGAAGGAUCUCAGUCUGAAGAUCAAUGACAAGCUGUCACAUGAAGAUGGUGAAUUUGAAGGGAUGGAAACUAGGCUUUUCAAUAAUAGUAAUGGAAAAGGAAGCAAAUCUGACAAGACCUCCAACCAACAACAUUUGGACGAUUCCAACAAAUCCAGAAGCCCCGGAAGGAAAUUUAAACCAAGUCCUAGCAGCAGUUCUGAGGGGAGGCCCAAAAGAAGCAAAACAAGUCCUUCAAACCCAGGUGGUCACAAUGGGAAUAGUGAUCGUAGGCCAAGACUGAAAGACCGAGAAAGUCCUGUAAGAGGUCCAACUGAAACUAAUGCUCCGAAAAUUUCUGAUCCUAUUGUUGCUGGUCGACAUAGGCAAGGUUUGUCUAGAAGCCCUUCGCCAAAUGGGUCUCCAAAGCGCAUCAGGAAGGGGCGUGGGUUUACUCAACAAUAUGCAUUUGCACGAAAGUACCGCACCCCAUCUCCAACCCGCCCCUCUUAUAAUCAGCCAUACCUGUAUGGUGGCAGAAACUUUAAUGGAAGGAACCGUGACAAUAACAACAGGUAUUCAAGCUAUAGAGAUAGCUCCAAUCGCUCGCCUCCAAGAAGAAAUAGAAGUCCAGCAAGGGGCAGGAGUCCCGACAGGUAUAACCGGAGAGAGAGAAGUAGGAGCAGAUCUAGGAGCCCUGAUCGGCGUCAAGAUAGGAAGAAGCAUAGCAGGAGCCCCGUGGACAGGAGAGGAGUUUCUACAAUGGGUGAUAAGCUGAAAUCUCGUCUUGGGCCUCGGGCUGUGGUGGACAAUGAACUUAGCCCAAAAAGGAGGAGAAGGUCCAUCUCAAAAUCCAGAUCACCCAGCCCUGAUAAUGUAGCUCUGGGUGGAAGAAGGGCUUUGGUUAACUAUGAAGACAUCAGCCCUGAUAAUGGUGGGGAAUAAGUUAAGUUUUUUAAAAUGAGUGUAUGUGAUCCUGCAUGCUUUUAAUUAAGCCUGUUCACUCUUUUUUGUCUUUUUAGAUAUGGACCAAAAAUUUAUUUGAAACCUUGACUAUC